AAGAGGGAUUACUGGGUUUAGUUCUCCGCGAAGAAAUUGAGGCUCUGAGCAAUGAGUCUGCCGCUGACUAACCUCCGGUCGCUGUAGGGUCAGGAGUGGACUUGCCUUUCUCCAGCUGGCUGUGGGGCGCGGGCAGGCCAGACUCCAGCCGCUGCAGGGAGAAGGGAGGGAGACCCUUUGGGGGCCCCGCGAGCCUUGUUUGUCCCGAGACGAGUGGUGAUCGGAUAGACCAUGGCCCUGAGAGCAUGUGGCUUGAUCAUCUUCCGAAGACGCCUCAUCCCCAAGGUGGACAACGCUGCAAUUGAGUUUCUACUGCUGCAGGCAUCAGAUGGCAUUCAUCACUGGACUCCUCCCAAAGGCCAUGUGGAACCAGGAGAAAGUGACUUGGAAACAGCCCUUCGGGAGACCCAGGAGGAAGCAGGCAUAGAAGCAGGCCAGCUGACCAUCAUUGAGGGCUUCAGAAGGGAGCUCAGUUACGUGGCCAGGGAGAAGCCUAAAAUCGUCAUCUACUGGCUGGCAGAGGUAAAGGACUGCGAUGUAGAGGUCCGCCUCUCCCACGAGCACCAAGCCUACCGCUGGCUGGGGCUGGAGGAUGCCUGCCAGUUGGCUCAGUUUGAGGAGAUGAAGGCAGCACUCCAAGAAGGACACCAGUUUCUCUGCUCCACAGCGACCUGAACUGACCAGAGUCGGCCUUUUGCCUCAGUAGGAUCCCUCAGGGCCUUCUGACAUGAACUGCCUUCACUUCACUUCACUUCCUUGGUCUUUGGCUCAUUAGAGCAGAGAGCAGAGAGGCUAGUAAAAUCAGCUGAGGACUCUCAGAAGAGAGCAAGCAAGAAUCUCAGCUAGGUGGAAAGGAAAGGAAAGGAGGAGUUUAAGAAAAAAAAGCCCAGGUCCAGUGAGUGCCUCGUUAUACUUUAUGAAUAAACUUCAAGCAGCUUCUCUCUCCCUCUAA